GUGCAAAAUGGCAGCGAAAAAAGAAAGUUUUCCUAAGAUUACGUUAAGUUUGGAUUUACCUUCAUAGAAAAAGACGAGUUACAAAUGACUCAGUGUGUCAUAUGUAUGAAAGUUUUAAGUACUGAUAGCAUGAGGCCCAAUCGCCUCGAAAGCCAACAACAUCCUACUCUGGUUUUGAAGACGAAAGAGUUUUUUUAUUCUAAAGCAGAAUCAUCAAGCGGAUGAAACUGGAUAAAUCGGGAAGUUAUCACACAGCUUCAUUUGAAAUAGCUUUUAUGAUAGCAAAGCAAAAGAAACCUCAUACUAUCGGUGAAGAAUUAAUAAAACCAUGUGUCUUAAAAGCCACGCAGAUAAUUUUAGGAGAAGACGCAGAGCAAAAAAUGAAGUCUAUUUCUCUUUCGGAUAAGCGUAGAAUCGAUGACAUUGUGGCAGAAAUAAAAUAAUUAACAAAGUAAAAUUAUCGCAUUUUUUGACAUUAGUUGCGUUG